AUGGCAACGUUGAUAGCGGACAGAUUAUCAGAGAAGAGAGGUAAAUUGGUCAAAACUGCAAUAUUAACCAUGGAGCUUCUUCUCUUAUCCACAGGACUUAUUUCUACUUUUAUCAUGCUAAAAAAAGCUAUUAGUCCUCGUUACUUAUUUAACAUGGUCCUCGUUAAAUUAAGUGAAAUCUUGAAUUCUUCGAAGUGCUUCUUGUCAUCUCCACUUUACAUCUGCCUCUUCAUCAACUCUGUUGUCAUCCUUAUUUUGACUCUCUCCAAAUUUCACCACCCCACAAUGGACUUCCUCAAUGUUUUUCUAGAUGAAAAGCAUGUUGAUCAUGAUGAUAUUCAGAUUCAGCCACAAGCACAUGAUGAAAAAGAGGACAAUAUGCCGAAAAGAACCAAUUCUGUUAUUGCAAUGGACACCGUUAUGUCGUUUUUUAGCCGCUAUAAUUCAGAUCCUGUCUUAGAAGAUAGUAUUGAAGAUGAGAUCCCCUGUAGUGUGAAAGACAUUGAAAUGGAUUGUGUAACAAAAUCGUCCUUUCCAAACAUAACUCCUUUGACUGAAGCCCGUGAAACCGUCGAUCCACGUUCACAAAAUCCACCCGAGACAAUUACAACAAGAAACAAUUACCAAGAAAUGGUGAUGAAUGAAGAAAAUAUUGAAGAAUUCGAGGAUGAUGACUCGUUGGAUGCCACGUGGAAGGCGAUAACCGGAGGAGGAAACAGUAAGAAAAAGAAGAAACAAGUACUUAAGAAAAGUGAUACAUGUCCAAUGGAGCCAGUGACAACAGCACAGAGCAUUGACUCAAAGGACUUGUUGCCAUCAGUAGCUGCAGCAUGGAAAGACUUGAGAAAAUCAGUGACGUUUAACGAUGCUUUAUCGGUGUUUCGAAGAGGGGGUUUAAGAGGGGAUUUUUCUGUUAGUGCAGAGGAAUCCAACAAGAAAUUUGAUGAUUUUAUUAAGAAGAUCAACCGUGAGAGGUUGCUGCAGAGGCAAGAAUCUGAUCAGCGUGCCUUCAAGAAUAAUAUGCUAAAUCGGGCACGUUAA